UCAUGUGAUCUUGUAAGAUUAACUGUGAGGGAGUGUGCCAACUAAAUGCAAGGAGGUGUCAUGGCUUUGGCGGUUGUGUUUCUGUGUAUUCUGCUGGCUGGGUCCCUUUCUGGACUCAUUCUGCCUAUGACAAAGCCUGACGGUACUGCUGACAUGUCCAGCCUUUUUAAUCACAUCUCCCUGUUGGAGCAGAAUAUGGCCAGUCUCCAGACAUCCACUGCACAGCUUCGAACAGACUUAGAAGUGACAAAGAAAGAACUUCAGAACGCGCAGACAGAACUACAGAGUAUGAGGAAAGAUGUUCCGACCGGCCAAACACAACAAACAACAAGGAUGCAAGAUGUCGCCUUCCAAGCACAUGACCCGCCUAACCAUGCACCUGCUAAAACCCCAUUGCAAUUCACUGUCGUCAACUACAACGCUGGUUCUGGCUUUAAUCGCGCCACAGGGAAGUUCACCGUGCCAGUCUCUGGAACCUACAUGUUCUGGACACAGCUUGAAAUGGGUGGUGGAUCCAACACUGCUUUGUACGUCUAUAUAAAGAAGACAGGAGGAGUGAACUUGGGAGCUGGUUACAUGGAAACAGGGUCAGGUAUUGGUGAUGUGGAUACUUCUGCUCAAACUAUCGACCAUCUGGAGGCGGGGGAACAGGUGUGGGUGGAGAUUACUAACGAUUAUGAAAUCUACAAUAGUGCAUCGUAUUUCGGUGGCGCCCUGCUCUCAGUGGUGUAAUCAGCACGAGGCAGCUUAGUGAUUGGCAUUCUUAUUUGAAUGGUCAACACAUAAAUGCAUAUUAACAAA